AUGGCAGAGGAUAACAAACCAAAUCUUGAAAGGGAAAUUAAAAAUUUAACUGAUCAAAUAGAUAUUAAACGAAAAAAUCUUGAUACAUUAACAAAAGAGUUUGGAGAACUUGAGCAGGAAAUAGAAAUUUUGUACCAUUCAAUCUUCUAAAAAAACACUGAAAUUCAGGCAAUAGAAGAUGAUGAGAAAGAUUAAUUUAAGGAUAAUGCUGCUAGAUUGUAGUUUGAGCUAGAUGUUAAAAAAGAAUAAUUAGAUUAGCUAAUAAAAACAAAACUCUAAAAGACAUCAGAAAAAAGUCGCAUGCUUGUUCAAGAAUUUUAUUUAAAUAAAUAUAAAAUACACAGUGAAAAACUGCUAAGUCAGCAAGUAAAGCUAGAAGUACAAAGCGUGAAAAUAAUGUAUUUAAAAUAAGAUCCUUCAGAAUAUCUUGAAAAACAAAGUAGAAAUUCGACAACAAUUUAAUUUGUAGUGUAAACAUUUAGCAUAAAUAAAAAAACUUUAAUAAAGGAUCUAUUCGAUUAGGCUAUUGAUUAUUUUUAGAUAUCUAUUUCUAAGAAAGAAGAUCACGUGCUUACUGAUACUUAUUUUAAUGACCUCAGUUUGCUUUAUAGUUCUCCAGCAGAAGCAUACUUUUCUUCGUUGAAGGAAUAAUGUAUGUAUGCAGAGCUAUAUUUAAAACCAAAGUAUUAGGCGCAAUCGGUAUUACUUGAUAAGCAAUAAGAAUCUAUUUAGCUAGGAGAUGGAGUGAGUAAUUUGUAAACAACAACUGAUACAGAGAGAAAAAACCUUCUUACAAUUUUCAGCAACUUUGAAAAAGUAUUUAAUGGAAUUCAGCUUUACUCUACACAAGCAAAAAAUGAUUAUAACAUGAUGCUCCUAUAAAAAGUUAAAAAUAGAUUCUGGCUAAAUAUGUUCCAUAUGGCUCUUUAUAUAACAAUUAUUUCGGCUAUUGUAUCAAGACUCUCUUUAAGUUUAAAUAGUAACGUGUUUGAUAUUAAAGAGAAUUCUAAAUACUUUUUAGAAACUUUUUCUGACAUAUCUUAACCUGUCUAAGACAAUUAGUUUUUUUAAAAAUGUUUAAAUGGCUUUUCGAGAAGCUACAAAUACCUCAAUACAACUAUAGGUUCUCCACCUGCAACACAACUUUCCCCUAUUUUCAGUAGUAUUGUAUCACUGGGAACAGUAAGAAUUGUAUUAAAAAAAACUAAGUAAAAAGUAUGUAAUCAGUUUGAUGAUUACUAUUAAAUGACUGAUGAUGAAUUAUCUUAGUAUUAAUGCUCUGAGUCAAUUAUAACUAGUAGUACAGAGGAAACGAAAACAAUAAAUGGACUUAAAUGGACAUCUGAAGAGGAAAAUGGAAUAGAUAGUGUUGAUGGUUUUUUUGGUACUUACUCAGGAGGUGGCUACAAAAUAGACUUUAACCCUUAUAUUCUUGAUUUGUAAACCUACAUGAAUACUGUUAACCAAAUGGAGUCGUAUGUUGAUUAUUAAACAAAAGCAGCGAUAAUAUAUGGGGCUUUUUAUGAUAUCAGCAAUAAAUAUUUUAUGUCAGUAUAUUACAAAGUCGAUUUGACUUCAGGUGGAAUUUUCAUAGAAGGAUAAGAUGUGUAAUAUUUUUAACUCUACUAUCCAGACUAAAUGGAUAGUAAACAUAAAACAGGAUUUAAUAUUAGUAUUGCAAGUAUUGUUUUAAUGUCAUUGAUAUUUGUGAUUUCGAUUUUCGUUAAUAUCGAUAGAACAUACUAAACUUAUAAACUGGAUAAAGAGCAUAAACUCGGCUUAAGUAAAAGAGAACUUUAUCAAAAAUUAUUUUCGUUUUAAUUGAUAGCAGAACUAGGAAUUCUUAUUGUUGUUAUAUUAUCACAUAUAUACAUAUACUCUACUCCAAAUAUGUCUUUUGAAUAGAUUAUUUAGACUUAGCAUCCUGAUUUUAUUAAUAUCCAUAAAUAUGGAUAUAUGUAGUAAGUUGGAAAUUAGCUCUUAGCCCUCAGUAUAAUAUUGCUUGUCUUGUUUUUAUGUAUCAAUUUACCUUUAAAUUUUGAACUAUAAAAUUUCUAAAGAAUGAUACAGAAUUCUCUUGGUCCUCUUAUUGUUAUUGUUAUCUUAAUUUUCACAUUAAUAUGCUCAAUCGCACUAAUAUUACAAAGAGUAUUUGGCCCAUACAUGGUUGAAUUUACUCUGUAUGGCUCUUCUUUUUGUGAAACUAUUUUUACUUAUUUCUUUGGAGAUUAUGUUAUAUAGUAAUAAAUGUGGUAAAAAAAUUUAGUUUUGUCUCUCGUGCUUGUAGCAAUUGUGUUUCUAAGCAUUUUUUAUGGAUCAGUAGCUCUUUUUAAUAGUGUUCUCUUUGAAAAAUAUAGAUUAGUUAGUACAAAACUUCAGUUUAAUGAAUAGUAAAUUGAUGUUGCAGAAGAGCUCAAUGAAAAACUUAAAAAUAUUAAAUCCUUUUCAUGCUGGAAAUGUUUUAAAAAAUCAGAUUAAAAAAGCUAGAAAAAGCCUAAUAAAAAGUGA